AUGGCUCCGCUCAAGAUAAUUGGCGCAGGCUUUGGUCGAACAGGCACGCUGAGUCUCUGCUAUGCCUUGGAUAUGCUCGGAUAUAACUGUCACCAUAUGGAAAAGCUGAUUUUAGAUCCAUCGCAAGACCCUGAGGCGUUCAAGGAUGCGUAUCACACUCGAACUGCAGACUGGGACAAAAUCUUUGCCAACUAUGACGCAGCCGUGGACUGGCCAGCUGCCGAGUUCUGGCCUGAGCUUUUGAAGCAAUACCCAGAUGCCAAGGUGAUUCUUACCGUGCGCGAUCCAAACGACUGGUACGCUUCUGUGGGCAAAACGAUCAAGGAAUGGCCGAUGGACUCUACCAUCCGAUGGCCAGAGCGAAUGCUAAAGACAAGAGCCAUGGCACGAGUCAUUGUCAAGGAGGGAGCUCUAAAGGACUACGCAAACAAAGACUUAAUGAUUUCCAAGUUUAUGGAAAAUAUUGAGCGCGCCAAGGAGACUGUUCCAGAGAAUCAGCUCCUGAUUUUCCGACCUAGUGAGGGCUGGGGUCCUCUUUGCAAGUUCUUGGACAUGCCCGAGCCAGAGGCUGAGUUCCCUCGGUGCAAUCGUCGCGAAGAUUUUGUAGAUAGAUUGCGCUGGGUGAGAGAGUCCCUGGAGAAUGGCAAGUUUCUUUCAGCAAUGCCAUACAGAGGAGACGUUAUCAAUGUGAGUUCAAACUAA